UCAACGCCGAAGAGUUGAAUAAGCUCAGGGAGUCCCUCCACGAGGCACCAUUUCUAGCGAUGGGCGCUGCGGGGCCGCAGCUCUUGAGAAACAAAAGACUACUGCACAACAACGAUGGGCUGCCUCAGCUCUUCGACGACAGAUACGCAGGCUCAAUGAAAGGUCAUUGGCCGUGGGACAUCAAGUCUGACGCCGAGGAGAUGUAUCACAGGUGGAGUGCCAAGAAUUUUGACGACGACAUGCUGUUUGGUAUCAUUCUGGCCCAAAGGAACCGGAGCAAGAACGGCGAAGACGACCGAAAAGGUGAUACGGUCGACAAGAAUCGUCAAGUAUCCUCCAAAUACACAGGCAAUGGCAAUCUUGUAAAUGGACAGUGGUGGCCCACACUGCUCUGUGCACUACGCGACGGUGCGCACGGCGAUAGCCAGGCUGGCAUCUCUGGAGAUACUAAUGUCGGGGCGUACUCCUGCUUUAUAAGUGGCGGCAAGUACCACAUUUAUCCCGACAAAGAUGAGGGCGAUGUGGUAUACUAUUACGGCCAGGAUGCUACCAUACCAGGCGAAAGUUCGCGCGGAACAGCCAUGUUGAAGAGGAAUAAAGUGAACAGGAUUCCUGUCCGAUUCAUUCGGUCGAGCAAGGCGGCAUCCCAUUCGAAAUUUGCCCCUCCGAUAGGCUUCCGCUAUGAUGGACUGUAUGAUGUCGUUAGCUAUGAGCUAAAGGACAAGGCCAAAGAGCGCUAUUGCUUCAAGCUGGUGCGUCAGCCCGGUCAAGGCCCUAUCCGUGGCGGCGACGGCCCCGAGGCUAGACCUACCCGUCAGGAAAUAGAGCGGUUCAAACAGGAUCGACGGUUUCGUGGUCUAUGAGGCAAAGAUUGAUAAUGAAAAUGAGAAGGAAGUAAAUUGGCAUAGCCUUACUGGAGGGGAAGGAGAGGGACUUGAGAAAUACGUAAAGAAUGAACAGGAUCGACGGUUUCGUGGUCUAGGAGGCGGAGAUUGAUAAUGAGAAGGAAGUGAUUGGCAUAGCCUUACUAGAGGGAGUUGAGGGACUCAAGAAAUACGUGAAUAAUAAGGAGGAGUCGAGGGACCUGAGAAAUACGUAAAGAAUGAAUGAGGUGUACUCAGACUGUGUGAAUCAAAC